GGUAAAAUUAUAUUUUCCUAAAUACAAUCAUACUUAAAAAACACCAGGUUUACACUUUUGUUGUUUAAUUAAUGAUUAUUCAUGAUUUAGAUUCCUAAUAGUUAGUCGAUUAAUAUAUAUUUUUGACUAUCUCCUUUGUCAGAGCAUUUGUUUGAAAUUCGACAUGCCAGACUCAGUUAUAUCUUGUGGAAGCAGUAGGCUUAGCGUGAGCAGUCGGCCAAGCAGUCAGAGCGGGAGUGUAGCAAGUUUUAACACAAACUGGUCAACGUGCAGCAGUUUUUCCGACAAAUACGAGUAUGCCUGUAAAGUGCACCACACAGAACCGCUGCGGAAUAUCAAAGUACAUCUGCCUCGUAAUGUCCUUUCAUUCGUCGGGGAUAGGAUCAAGUGCCACGACUGGAUUCCGUUGAUAAAGGCUAUUAGCGGAGACAAGUUCCUCCAUUUCAUCGGGAUAAGAAGUCGUCUGUAUUCGACGUGUGUCAUGGCUGACAAAAUAAACUGCGAGAGAAAAGCGAGGGACUUUACCAAAGGUCCUGCCAUCUUCACUAAGUACAUAUUAAUUAAGCUAAUGAACGCUUUGUCCGAAUGUUUAUCCCAGUCGCGGGCGCUUAUGUGCCUUCAGUUGCAAACGCUACCAUUGCAAGGAGAACCAAUUGAAAUUUUGAGUGGGGCGUUGGAGUACACUAGGUCACUUCAACAUCUGUCCUUGUCCUCUUGCAAAAUCGGAGAUGAUUACUGUGAAAUUCUAUGCAGGUGUAUAAAGAACACGACAUCCCUCUUGUCCCUUGACUUGUCGAACAACAACCUUUCUGAAAAAGGAGCUGCGAGCAUUGCACAGCUAUUAAAGGCCCAAGAGAUCGCCAGAUAUGGUGAGUGUUGGAAGCACUCUUUGAGGUACAGAGAGGUGCCUAAUGAAUUAAUACCCGGCCUACGAAGAGUAACGAUCAACAAUAACCCUGAAAUCGGAGACAAAGGCCUGCAAGACAUUAUAGACGUUCUUUUCGAUGAUUACUGGAUCAAAGCUAUUGACAUGCAAAACUGCGGUAUAACUGACUGGGGAUGCACCCUGAUUCAAAAAUUGUUGAACAUUGAUACUGAAAUCGUUAUUUUUGAUGUGAGGAAAAAUCCUAUUAACGAUAUCAACAUGAUAGCCAACAUUGUACAAACUUUGGCGAUAAAUUCAACCGAAGAUGACAAAGGAAAGUAUGGAUGGCUUGACAAUCCUACUGGGAACUACACAUCGGCAGGUGACUCUGUUUCAUCAAUUUACAGCUUGAAAACGUCGUCCGUUAUCAACUUGAGUACUACAAAGAGUAAAAACGGAAGCCAAUUCAGUGGGUCAUUAGUUAAAAGUUUCAGCACACCGUCAGUACCAAGAUGUCCCAAAAUAUUAGCCGAAAAAUUACCCAUGAUGAAAAAGCAGCAACUGGAAAUACUGAAAAGAAUGCCUAAACUAACCACUCAAGGAAUUAUGAAGAACAUAGAAAAAAUAAGCUCAAUUACAUUUCAAGAUUACUCGUUAAGAUCAAAUACUUCAAAGAUAGUGCAAAAAGGUCCACUGAAAGCCGUGUCACAAUCUAUCGUCAAGUGCACCGGGUAUAACAAUGCAACCAAGAACGUCCCAAGGAAUAAAAGUUUGCCGCAGCUUCAUACAAAGUGUCAAAGUGUGUUCAAAACGAGUCAAGGAAUUAAUCAACCCAACGAACAGACUGAGUAUGUCUUGACAGCGAACCAAUUGUCAAAUAUUCAGAGCAGGUUGAAAAAGUUCAAAACUAUAAAGGCCGAAGUUUGCAACGAGGAAAACCAAGUGAAACAGUGCAAGAAAACGGCGAAACAAUACAAAGACAACGGUUCGUCUAAAGAAAACAGUCAGACCAACAUUGUAAAUGUUUCCAAGCAGUCGUCAGUCGCAUUGAACAAAAUUUCCACUAUUUCGAGUGAAAAGCCCGAGGAGAAAGUUUCCUGUAUACCUCAUCGGCCAAAUUCUGAUGACAGUGAUCAAGAACAGGAUAUCUGUGAAAAAAGCAGGAUCUCCCAUAUACGGGACACAUUUAAGAAAUUUCUCAAACUGCAGGAGAAUAAUAGCACAGAUUUGUGAAACCCGAACGAGAAAGCCAAUGGUGUUCAUGAAUUGAGAAAUGAAUCAUAAUUUUAUCAUGCACGAUUUAAAAACGAAGUCUGACAGGACGAAAAAAACAAAAACAAUUUCGACAUAAAAACCUUUUUGUUUACGCUAAAUAGUUAUCUCAAUAAAUAAAUUG